CAAAUUAUGUAAGAAAAAUCGUUUUGUUUAACUACCUAAUGCCUAUCUUUAAGCGGAAGAUUACGGCUUUGCUCGUAGCCAAUCAGAGAGCUUGAUCUUAUAAAGUAGUUGAUGUUUGAUGCAGUACGCAAGCGCGAAUAUCUUUUUAAGUCUUUGUUCUAAAUCGAAACAUAAACAUUGGAACAUGUGAAGGAAUUUCGAUUACAACAAAUAAUAUGGCAAGCGCGACAGAAAUGUCCGUCGAAGAAGAACUAGAACUGGAAUUGGAAAAAUUUGAGCUGAAAGGGGAUGAUGACGAACAGAAUAAGCACGCGGAGAUUCACGGGGAGGAUUUUCUUGAGGAUACAAUAUCAGUAACAACGAAUUCACUUUUAAGAGCCACCAUAUGCGAGUUGGAACGCGCGCUCAAGGACACGAGAAGACUAUUAUUUCAACGCGAUAAAGACAAUGCGACGCUGAGACAAGAAUUGGAGAAGACAAGAAAAGAUAUCAACAAAGAACAGGCGCAAAGAAAAAGAGUAGUGGAAGGGUGUGAAGAGAAGUUAAAGACUUAUAACGAGGUUCAAAGGAGAUGCGAACAGUUUAAAACUGAGAAUGAACAACUAAACGUAGAAAUGGAAAAGUUAAAAGAAAAAGUGAAAAGUCUGGUCCGCGAGAAAGGGAUUGAGGACGACCCCGAGGAAAUUAUCCCCUGUUGCGCAUCGAUGAAUGAACUCGUUCAGGUAAAGCAAAGAUUAAAAGAAGUAGAGACACAAUUUCGAGAAUUUAGAGAAAAUAAUCGACAUCUGAAUGGUGGGGUGGCUGUGGUAAACAAACCGCUGGUCUCAUAUGAACCGCCGCAGGCUCAGGUCGAAUUAGCCACGCAGUUACGUUUGAAGUUCUUGCGUGACGCGUUCUUUUAUUACAUGAUUGAUUUCCACCCGGAGGAACAGAUGAAGGCAAUCUUGGCGAUUUUGGACUAUGAUGACAAAAGAAAAGACAUCAUUCUCGAAUCACACGAAAUGAGGCGACAAGGGAAGAAAUUCACUGUUACUGAAGUAUCCAGUAGAUCCCUCACAUUCGUGCAAGAGAACACGUGACAUAGUAACGCAAAAUCCGUCACGCUACUC